AUGGCAGAAUCACGCCUUGACCGGGAAUUUUUCCAGGGUCCUAUCACUUCACUCGCAUUCUUCCGCAAUGCAGAGUAUCUUCUCGCUGGCGAGGACACCCAUUUGACUGUCUAUGAUCUGCAACCAGGUCAUGCUGUCCGUAUAGGCAGCGUUCGGGUCUUCUCAGCACAACCUAUCCAUGGAAUUCGUCUACUCAGCAAUGGGAGGGCAUUGGCCUGGGGUGCUGCACAAAUCGCGGUUGUCUCCAACAUUGAAGGUCUCAUUGGUGAUUCGGAUGGCCAGGUCAUGGUAAACAAGACAGCUGCUCCAGAUUGGAUUUAUGAUGUUGCGCCGUCGCCGUAUGAUGACUGUUCUGCGGUUCUUGCCACAGCCCAUAACGAGGUUGUUCAUCUGCGCCUGAACGGCGAAGACGCACCGAUGGUUGGCACCGUUGUCUCGCCUUCAAGGCCAAUACUCUAUGCUGCGAGAUUGAAAUGGUUGGAUCAAGACUCAGUUCUCAUGGCUGGAGGUACUAUCUUUGGCGAGAUUUUGGUAUGGCGUUGCCAUAUCUCCGAAAGUCGAUCCGAGCUUCUCGCUAUUCUCAACGGCCAUGAAGGCUCUAUUUUCGGUGUUGACAUUUCAGAGGAGCUCCCAUGUGAAGAUGGGACAACCUUGAGGCUCAUUGCCAGUUGCAGUGACGAUCGUACUGUGAGAAUCUGGAAUAUUACAGGACAAGAUGGAGUGCAUGAGAACAAGCACGAUUUCGCUGCGCCACGAGAGACUGGGUUUGGGUCAAAAGCAGGUUUGGACGAUGGACCUAGAGCGGAGGAGCUACGGCCUGUAGCAACAAUCAUGGGCCACUUAUCGAGAAUCUGGGGUAUCAAGUUUGCCGCUCUCACAGAAGGCCAGACGCUUCCAAAAUCCCCAAUGUCUCUCUACUCGUUUGGAGAGGACUCCACUGCUCAACGAUGGCAAUUAAGCAUUGGUAUUUCGCUUGAGAAGGUGGCUGGGUCUCUUAAACAUAUCGAGACAUAUGCUGUACACGAUGGCAAGCAUCUGUGGGCACACGCCGUGGUGAACCGAGGAGACAAAACACUUAUUGCAACAGGCGGAGCUGACAGCAAGAUUUCGCUCAUUACGCAACCCGCAUCUUUGGCUCCUUCGAAAUCGACAAGUGAGCUAACUGGGCUUGACUUCCAAGAUAUUGCGACUAGUUUGCCGAACCUUGGCGAAUUGAAGCCACUCCGUGCACAGGAGAUAUUCAGCCGUUAUGACUUCAUCUCUGAUGAUCGGGUUCUGGUAACGACAAAUUGGGGGCGACUUCUCGUAGGUGUUUUCCGACCAAACCUCGAGUGGAAAGAAAUCGAACUCGAAGAAUAUAUGAAUGUCGAGUUUCAAUCGUGCUAUUCACUAAAGACGAUUGGGAAUGGAACGGCCAUUCUGGGAACGACCAGCGGCAAGUUAUACUACUUCUCUGAAGCGCAAGGAGUUACACUUAUUGGCUCUGUGCCUGGCAAGAUUUUCAACAUUUCAAUCCUGUCGUCUACUGGUGAAGGGCCUACUGAAAUUAUUGUUCACUUGCACGGAACUUCAGAUUCUCAGUACUUCUCGAUCGACUGGCACACAGGGAGUAUCGUAGCAGCGGCAGAUAUCCGUGGCAUUGAUAAAAGAUUUGUUGCUAUUUCUGCCGCUCGCUUCAGGAGUGACUUGAUCGCCAUUGGAUCACGCCACGGUUUCCUGACGAUACUGAGGCAGACUGGCAAUGAGUUCCGUCCUAUCCUGGACUUCAGAUUUAAUACACGCGAUGCUAUUACCGGCCUAGUACCUCUACCUACUACUGAAGGACAAGAGGCUCCUCUGUACUUCUUGGCGACAAGCCGAGAUACAAAGUACAGGAUCUAUGAGAUCGAAGAACUCGGCGAGGACGUUCGGUUGCACCUCCAGCAUGAGGUUGCAGCUCCGUCUGGUGCUGACAUAGAGGGAGGAUGGUUCACACAGGGUUCGUCACCCGAAUUGGUCUUGUACGGCUUCAAGAGCAAGAACUUCAUCGUCUGGAACGAAACUCGGCGAGAAGAGAUUGCAUCGAUUGACUGCGGAGGUGCUCAUCGGACAUUUACCAUUGCACAUGACCCUGUUGAUCACAACAAAGUUCGUUUCGGAUACACAAGAGUCAGCAAACUUUACGUCUUCUCGCAGCACACGCCGAUGCACCGACCACUCAGGUACGGGACACACGGCAGAGAGAUUCGAGGUUUGAGCGCAAAUGGACGAUACAUCGCGACUGGUGCUGAAGAUACAACGGUUCGUAUAUGGGAAUAUGAGGGUCAGCAGUCCAAGCAGAAAGAUAGUGGUGGUCUGCGAUGCGUCGCGUCCACUAAACUACAUAUCUCAGGUUUGCAAAAAAUCCACUGGGUUGGAGACGACUAUCUUCUCAGCAGUGCUGGCUUUGAAGAAUUCUUUGUGUGGUCGGUACGAAGGCUAGACUCAAAGUACAAAGGACUCGGCAUCCUGUGCGAAGGCAUUCUCGAAGACAAGAGCCCUGCUGCGGACCUUCGAAUCAUGGAUUUUGACGCUUGCAAGGACGCCCACGGAAAUAUCAUCAUCACCAUGAUCCUGUCCAACUCGACCUUGAAAACAUACCGUUACACACCAAGAAAGGGCUUCCACCUUUUGGCCCGCAUGUCAUACACGGGAGCCUGUUUGACACAAGUUCGCCAUCUCGGGGUGGACGAAAAGGGGCUUUCGGCACUUACAGCCUCUACGGAUGGACACUUGACGACCUGGGAAGUAAGCUUCGGUGGGGAUGAAGUAUCCAGCCAUGUGCUUGUCCAAGUGGCUCCAGUCCAUCAGAGCAGUGUCAAGUGUCUGGACCUCCACCCAACACCUGAAGGCUUUUUAGUCCUGACAGGUGGUGACGACAACGGUCUUGGUGUCACGACACUUGUUGCCAUGUCAAAUGAGACGGGUAACCGCAGAUACACAACCUCCAGUCGUGGAAUAGUGCGCAAAGCUCAUGCAGCAGCGAUCAACGGUCUUGUGCUGGUGCGACGCGGGGCAGAAACAUUUGGUAUUACUGUCAGCAACGACCAGCGCGUCAAGGUCUGGAGUGUGAAGCCGGGCAAUGUGAAACUGGUGGCCGAUUCCUAUAGCGGCGUUGCUGAUCCUGGCGAUAUCGCAAUCGUGGGGGAGAACGGGGGCGUUGAUGGCGAGAGGCUUAAGGUUGUGCUUGGUGGAGUGGGUGCGGAGGUCUGGUCGUGGUAA